AUGCAGAAGAAUAAUCCAGUUCCAGGGGACGUAGUGUUCGAGAUUCUGUUGAGGUUGCCUGCCAAAUCUAUAGGCAGGUUCGUUUGCGUAUCAAAGUUAUGGGAAAGAAUCAUCCGCGGUGAGGAUUUCGUGAGAUGGUUCUCGUUACGGUCUUCCCCAAAGAAGCAGCCUCGCUUCCUCUUUGCUGUCAAUGGUAGAACAAAGACUUGUCAAGAAUACUUCCACUUUUUCUCCAAACAAACUCUGGUGGAAGAGAAGAAACCACUUCCACUUGCUGAGUUUCUAUCAAGAUAUGAUCCGGUUAAUGCCCAAUACAAAGUCUUGUGCUUGUUCACCAAUGUUACUCGGUUUCGUGGACAUCAAGUGAUCACAUUGGGAGGAGCUCAAAAUUGGAGAACGAUCCAAUGCCCCACUCCUCACCUUCCCUUAGGACCUAACUCUGUCUGCAUAGAUGGCGUUUUAUAUUACACUGCUUCCGGUUCCUUUGCCAACAUGGAACAACAACUCUUGGUAGGGUUUGAUUUGAGGUCUGAAACUUUGGAAAUUGCUUCCAUACUUCCCAAGAGGGGCAUGGGUUUUAAUAAGUUGCUUAACUACCAUGGGAAAGUAGCUCUUGUCACUCGAGCGUGGGGUGAACGCUACACUUUCAUUCUGUGGGUUCUAAAGGACGCCAAGAGACAAGAUUGGUCGAAACAACGCCUAUCUUUUUCUCUAAAUAGUAUUGAGAGAAAACAUCAUUCCUGUUUGAAAAUGUUGGGCGUUUCUGAGAUGGGAGAGUUUGUCUAUGCAUCCAUCCAGUUUAAAGAGUUGUAUGUUUACUUUGUGGAUCACAAAAGCAACCGGGUUAGAAGUGUUGAGCUACUAGGAAACACCAAGCAUAUAAUUGGAAAUUUUGAUACAUCAUUCUUACAUCACGUAGAAACUCUUAUGUUUAUUUAG